AUGAAUGUAAAUAUGUGCCAAAUUUUUAAUCCUAUAUGGGCGGAUUUUCCCGAUAGUUUGAACAAAGAUGGAAACUAUAAUUUUAAAAAUGAUAAUAUAGUUAAUUCAUAUUGUAAUAAUGAUAAUUGUCCAACUGAUCUCGAUAAAAUUAAUGUUGCAUGUUUCGUUUUAUUUGAAAUAUUUUUUAAGGAUUCUAAUUCGAUUAUGGAAAAUGCAAAAAAUAAUAUCAAUAUUGCUGGAUAUAUUUUGGGAUGGUUAAGUUAUAUGUUAAGUUUAAAGGAAAAUGAUGGAAUCAGCAAUCUACAAGAUUUUUAUGAUAAAUAUAUAAAGGGUAAAGAUAAGUAUAAUAAGAAAAUAGAUAAUUUUGCGGGGUAUACAAGUUAUCAGAAUCUUAUAGAUAAAUAUAAGGAAUUGAUGACUAUUAAGAUUACAAAUAUGCCUAAUUUUUAUGUUCCAUUAAAAUCAUUAUGUGACAUGUAUACUGAAUGUAUUAGAAGCAAUUCAGAUUGCACAAAUUGCUUGGAAAAGGCCAAAGAUUUUGAUAGCAAAUAUAAAGAAUUUAAUGAACGUUCUGAUAUUAAAGGAAACAAUUCAUAUAUGAAUAUAUUGUAUAGUUUAUCAAUUGAUUAUAAUAAUUUAAAAAAGUAUCUUUCUAAAAAUUGCAAUGAUCCCAGCGAUAUUUCAUCCUUUCCAGAGAUAGGACCACCACAAGGUUCUUUCGAAAUUUUUGAAGCUACAUCAUCAAGUUCGUCGAUAGCAAGUAAAUUAAUUCCAGUUUUAUUGAUAUUUUCUGCAAUACCGGUUUUCUUGGGAAUUGCUUAUAAGUAUUCGUUAUUCGGAUUUGAUAAACGAUUUCAUAGACAAUAUUUAAGGGAAAAGAUAAAAAAAAUAACGAAGAAAAUGAAUCAUUAUAUAUGA